UUUUUGAGAGUGGACCAAGACAAAGACAGAGAAUGCAGCCUGGACUGUGCAGGUUCCCCUCAGAAAUCACUCUGUGCAUCUGAUGGAAGAACUUUCCUGUCCCGGUGUGAAUUUCAGCGAGCAAAAUGCAAAGACCCUCAGCUGGAAAUAGCCUAUCGGGGCAACUGCAAAGAUGUUUCCAGAUGUGUGGCUGAGAGGAAGUACACCCAGGAACAAGCUCGCAAGGAAUUUCAACAAGUGUUUAUCCCAGAAUGCAAUGACGAUGGCACAUAUAGCCAGGUUCAGUGCCAUAGUUACACUGGAUACUGCUGGUGUGUCACUCCCAACGGUCGUCCUAUCAGUGGUACUGCUGUGGCCCACAAAACUCCCCGGUGCCCCGGUUCAGUGAGUGAGAAGCUGCCACAACGAGAAGGUGCAGGAAAAACAGAUGAUGCCUCAGCUCCCGCGUUGGAGACUCAGCCUCAAGGUGAUGAAGAAGAUAUAGCUUCUCGUUAUCCUACAUUAUGGACUGAGCAAGUGAAGAGUAGACAAAACAAAACAAAUAAAAGCUCAGCGUCAUCAUGUGAUCAAGAACUUCAGUCAGCUCUGGAGGAAGCUAAACAGCCUCAGAAAGACAAUGUGUUCAUUCCAGAGUGUGCUCAGGGUGGCCUCUACAAACCAGUGCAGUGUCAUCCUUCCACAGGCUACUGCUGGUGUGUUCUGGUGGAUACGGGACGUCCUAUCCCUGGUACAUCAACCAGGUAUGAACAACCGAAGUGUGAUAAUGGUGCCAGAGCACACCCAACCAAAACAAAGGAUUUGUAUAAAGGACGCCAGCUUCAAGGUUGUCCUGGGGCCAAGAAGAACGAGUUCCUGACUAGUGUUUUGGAUGCAUUGUCCACGGAUAUGGUGCACGCAGUCUCUGAUCCAUCACUGUCUUCUAGCCGGGUUUCAGAGCCUGAUCCAAGUCAUACUCUGGAAGAGAGAGUGGUCCAUUGGUAUUUCAAACAGCUAGAUAAAAAUUCCAGUGGUGAUAUUGGCAAGAAAGAAAUCAAGCCAUUCAAGAGAUUCCUAAGAAAGAAAUCAAAACCCAAAAAGUGUGUGAAGAAGUUUGUGGAAUACUGUGAUGUGAACAAUGAUAAGUCCUUGUCAGUUCAAGAAUUAAUGGGCUGCUUGGGAGUAACAAAAGAAGAAGCGGCCCCUAAAACCAACACUGAGAGCACUUCAUCCAGCAGACAGCAAGUUUCUAAGAAGCAAGGGUGAAAAGCUUACUGAUCCAAGGCAGAUCUCUGACAUGUGGGAGAUUUCCUCACCAAAAGGCAAUAAAAACAACUGUAGUAUUUGCACUUUGUACUUAAAAAUGUAAAUUCACUUUGUAGAAGUGAAAUAUUUAAACAGACUUUUUUUUUUUUUUUUUUAAAUCUGUGAAAAUGUAAUGGCUAGUUCUGAAAAAUUAUCACAUACAAUGUAUGUGUAUUCUUUUGUUGUCUGAAAUAUGUGAAACGUGUUGGAGAUGUAAAAGUUUGCAUUUAAACCAUUUAAAAAAAAUAGCUUUUUGGAAAAUAGUAGCAUAGAAACCCGAUUCUUUGUAUUUUGGCUUCAAUAGUAUGCCUUGUUUUUAUUUAAUCAAUACUGUCAUUUAAGUAGAG